GCGGAGCGGAGGGGGCGGACGGGCCCGGGACACCGCCUCGCCUUGGGCUGCUGCUGCCGCUCCUUCCCGUCCCGUCCCGUUUUGUCCCGUUCCCUCAUGGCGCUGGAGCGGACGGGCACCGGCCCCUCCCGCCGCCCGCUCCGGCCUCCCCCGCCCCCGUCUCCUCUUGGCUCGCCGCUCCCGGCGGGGAUGUGAGAGGGGCCGUGACCGCAGAAACCUAACUUCUAAAUACUUAAGAAGUGAUUUCCUCUGGAUUUUGAAACAAAAUUGUGAGUUUAUAUGGAAGAAAUGCUGCAACUGUUCUCAAACUCCAUUACAGACUGAUUUCAAUUGUUGCAUCAUAUUUUGUUGAGUAACAGAAGUUCUGCUCCUUAUUGAUCAAUGUGACAGUGUUCAGUAGUUUACGAGAUGAGCCAAACUCGUGGGAAGUAUGACUUCUGUAUUGGUCUGGUGUUGGCUAUGAGUUCCAGCAUUUUCAUUGGAGGAAGUUUCAUCCUGAAAAAGAAAGGUCUCCUCCGGUUAGCCAGGAAAGGCUCCAUGAGAGCAGGUCAAGGUGGUCAUGCAUACCUUAAGGAAUGGCUGUGGUGGGCUGGACUUCUUUCAAUGGGAGCUGGAGAAGUAGCGAACUUUGCUGCCUAUGCUUUUGCACCAGCUACGUUAGUGACUCCUCUAGGAGCUCUCAGUGUUCUUGUAAGUGCCAUUCUGUCGUCCUUCUUUUUAAAUGAAAAACUUAAUUUACAUGGAAAAAUAGGAUGUUUGUUAAGUAUACUGGGAUCAACUGUGAUGGUAAUUCACGCUCCACAAGAGGAAGAAGUAGAAACUUUGGAUGAAAUGUCUCACAAACUAGGUGAUCCAGGUUUUGUGGUCUUCGCAACGCUGGUUGUCAUUGUGUCUUUAAUCCUAAUAUGUGUGGUGGGACCUCGCCAUGGACAGACCAACAUUCUCGUGUACAUAACAAUUUGCUCUGUAAUUGGAGCCUUAUCAGUCUCCUGUGUCAAAGGUCUGGGCAUCGCUAUAAAGGAACUUUUUGCAGGAAAACCAGUGCUGAAACAUCCCUUGUCUUGGAUUCUGCUGCUAAGCCUUACUGUCUGUGUGAGCACGCAGAUCAACUAUUUAAACAGGGCUCUGGAUAUAUUCAACACUUCAAUAGUGACUCCAAUAUAUUAUGUCAUCUUUACAACAUCUGUUUUAACUUGUUCUGCCAUCCUUUUCAAGGAAUGGCAACACAUGGCGGCUGAUGACAUUCUCGGCACCUUCAGCGGCUUCCUGACUAUUAUUGUGGGGAUCUUUUUAUUGCAUGCCUUCAAAGAUGUUAACUUCACCCUAGCAAACCUGCCCCUCUCUCUGCGGAAGGAUGAUAGAGCAGCAAAUGGCACUCUGCUGAGCACAUAUGACAGCUUUAAUGAUGAUGAAGAAAGUUCUGCCUGCCUAGGUGAAAUGCAAUCCAGUGAGAGUCUCUCAGCCAGGAGAAAUGGAAGCCUAUCAGCUUUCUGAAAAUAUCUACGUGUUACUUAAGAAAAGAACAAUUCUGUAACCCUGGAAUUUUUUUUUUCUGCUGUGAAAUGUCUGAGCUUGUCUGGAAAUUCAUGUACUUUUUAACAGUAUGUGUAGACAAUCGUUGAUUUUUGAGUUCAAUUAGUUUGGAUAAAGAACACUGAAAUGUUUUUUAUUUGCCUUAUUUUUACUUUAAAAAGUACUAAAAUGACCUCAGACCACAAAUGGUUUUGUUGCUUAAGUUAUGUGUAAAUACUUUCAUUUCAUUCUUCUGUUUUUAAGAUGUAUUGCACUAAUUACAAUUUUAUCAAAAAUAAAUGGCUUUAUUUCUGCAUUGGUGGUAAAAAGGUUGCAGUGAACCUGGAUCCUUUGUACCUGUGCCCCAACUGACCAUGGAGUGACUGUAACCAUAUUGAAACAGGAGCUGCAGCAACUACUCCUGUCCUGGUUUGUAAAAGAGAAAAGGGAAGGCUACAACCAAGCACAACUGAUCCUUCAAAAAUACUGGUUAGGUAAAGCUGUGUGCAAAACUUGCUGGAUUUGCAUGAAAAAAGCCCAGCUCUACCAAAUCAGAGUAACUGGCUAGCAGAAACAGGAAGGCAGGAUCUGUGCUCUGCAUGGAUAGGUGAGAUAGUACCUCCUGCCAUGACAAUUUAUGCAGAAGGAAGGAUGUGAAUCAUUACUAAUAGUUAAAAAAGCUGCUCCCUCUUCUGUAACAGAGGUCAGGUUCUGUCUGUGCUGCACCAUGCUGCCCUGGCUCUGCAGACUUGUUCUGUGUGCCUGAUGUUACAGCUUGAACUACAGAAUUGCUAUUUUGUUUGCAGCAACACAGGCAGUAGCUGCAACACUGAGUUUUUCAAAAAGAGCCAAAAAAAUUAAACAUUAAUGACAUUGCUUAAAAACAAAAAAGGGUAGGGGUGAGGCAGGUAGGUGGUAAUUCACUUUUGUAAAGGCAGGAAAUAAAAAUUAGGGAAGGUUUUUAAAAACUUUCUACCAUGCAUGUCAAAGUUGGAAAUACUUGGGACAGAUACUGAUUAGUUACUGCUGGAUGUUGUUAGGUUUAGUGCUUAGUGUUUAAGAGAAAUUAAGAUAUUUUUUUCCUGGAAUAGAAAAAAAAAACCAAGUUACCACCUGUGAAACAAAAUUCUGCUGCCUUCCUUUGGUAUGAGUCACAACACACAGGAGAGGUGAAGGUGUCAAACAAGAAAAAGGUUUUUAAUAAGAACUAAUUGGAAAUUAAUAAGUUCUACCUUUUGUACACCUUGCUGCGUUUUUCCUUUUAGGUAGGAAAGGUUAUACCAGGCAAAGAAUAUUUAGUUUCUAUCAAGUCUGUAAUCCUUCUUUAAAAAAUAAUAAAAAUUUGUGUUAUAAAAAUGGGAAACAAACA